GAAAUGAUGACUGUGAAACCGAGUCCACUUCUGAAAGUGAAGAUGAAAUAAGACCUUUCCCAGCAAAACGACCUCGAAGGAUUCUAUCAACUUCAUCGAGUGAUAGUUUUGCCGGUAAAGCAUCACAAAGGGCCGCAUAUCAAAAUGAUGCAGACAUAUGGACAACAGAUAAGAGAGAUCCUCCACAGUUCGAAUUCAGAGGAAAUCCAGGGUUGAAAAUUCCAAACGAUGUAAAAUCACCAGGAGAUUUCUUUGAUCUGUUUUUGACAGAAUCUGUUUUGAAUAAAAUUGUUCAAGAAACGAAUCGCUAUGCUGACCAACAAAGAGCAAAGUUUCCAGUAUUACGAUUCUCCAGGCUGCGAGAUUGGAAGGAUACUAGCGCUGAAGAAUUACGUGUAUUCUUUGCAUUACUUAUGCACACCGGUACAAUUAGUUUACCCUCCGUAACACAUUAUUGGAAAACAAAUAAACUUUAUAAUUUCGACUUUUGGAAGAAAAGAAUGUCUAGAAAUCGUUUUCAAUUAAUUUUGAGAUUUCUGCAUUUUAAUAAUAAUGAGGAACAAGAUAAUGAUCGAUUAUUCAAGAUCAAUCCAAUAUCCCAACACUUCAACGAAACUAUGGACCGCAUCUAUAAACCGGAGAGAAAAUUGUGUAUUGACGAAGCGAUAGUUCUUUGGCGAGGAAGGUUGAUUUUUCGGCAAUACAUGAAAAAUAAACGGCAUAGAUAUGGCAUCAAGCUGUAUGAACUUUGUGAACCUAACGGAAUAGUCUUGAGGGUGAAAACUUAUGCUGGCAGAAAUGAUGAUCUAAGUGGACGAAAUCAUGCUUCAAAUGUCGUUUUGGCUCUGAUGGAUGGUUUCCUGAAUAGUGGUUAUGAACUUUAUAUGGAUAAUUACUAUAAUUCAGUUGGGCUCACGAAAACUCUCACGAGGAAAUCCAAAAAAUUAGUCAAAAAGAAACUGAAUCAAGGAGACUCUGAGUGGCUCAGAUCAGGAUCCAUUAUGGUCAACAAAUGGAAAGAUAAGCGGGAUGUGCUGACUAUAUCCAACAUGCAUAAAGGUGAAAUGGUUCAAGUGCAGAACAAAAAUGGAAAAAUUUCGACUAAACCGGAUACAGUCAGAGAUUAUACUUUGGGAAUGGCAG